AUGGUACGUUUAUUACGGUACGGUACCGUCUUCGGUCCGUUGAAAGAACGUUGGAGAUAUUUAUAUAAAGAAGAUCUAUAUCGAAGACGAAUCGAAGCUGGACCAGAACCAGAACGUUUUCGAUCUGCUUUGAUUAACUGGAAUUAUGAUGCGGAAUUGCAUGCGUGUACACAUCGAUUUGGCGAAAAGAUGAAUAUUGAAGUACUACGAUGUGCUAUGACUGAUGUUUCAUUUCUAAAUCAAAUAACUAAACAACGAACAGAAGCAGGUCUUACGGCGACAGAUCAAACUGCUUUGUCAUUUACACACAACAGUGAAUUAGCUAAAAAAGGUGAACAAAUUGCAGAAGAGUUUAUACAAAAAGCACUUCGAUAUUGGUAUCCGAAACUUCCUCAAGACGGCAUAGAUGCUGUGACUCAAUUUCUCAUUUCCGAAUCAACAGUUUCGUUUAUUAGUUCAAAGCUUGGAUUCAAGACAUUGAUCCGUUGUGAUGUUCCGUCACCUCCACCAGCAAUGCUCAAAAGUGCUCUCUUCGCUUUCAUUGGUGCUAUUGAGGAGAAUAAUAAUCGAUCUCGGGCUGAAUUAUUCGUUGCCGAUUUCAUUCUGACACAUCUCAUCGGCAAAGAUAUCAAUGAGAUCUGGCAGAUCAAGAAUCCUAUGGGUUUACUGACAAAAGUCUUGGAAGACGAUGGAAGACAAGCGCCUGAAUCCCGACUGAUAUGGGCGACAGGUGUAUCGAGUGUACUAUCGACAUAUAUUGUCGGUGUCUACUCGAAUAAAGAAUUUCUUGGCAAAAGUGCCGGUACAACGAUUUCUCAAGCUGAAGAAAUGGCAGCUCGUGAUGCAUUACGUCGUUUGUUUGGAACCGAUGAACAACGAGCACCAAUUCCAAAAACAGAUGAUUUUGAUAUUCUCUACUUGAUUGUUAUCAAGUUGAAAAACUAUUUUUGUUUUGUUAUUAAGAUAUCGUUUCAUCUUCCAUCACAUCUAACUAAUUUGCCACUGUACACGGUUCUUUUGAUUCACGUGCGCACGCAGCAAGCGUGUGAUGAAGCAGUGAUACGAAUAACGAUGCAUUUUUGGACUAAAUUUCUUUUGUCUACGAAUUUGAAAGUCUCUCGUGUGGUUCUUUCCCGAUCUAAACAUUCUGUAGAAGGACCCGAACCAGCUUAUCAUCAUAUCGUGUCAGGGUAUCAAGUUUUCGAACAUCAAAAUGAACCCUUUCGGUUAAAAUACAAUCAUAAAUCGUUGAAUGAAUUUCAACUCGCAUACGAAACAUGGGGCAAACUGAAUGCGAAGAAAAAUAAUGCCAUUCUUAUCUUUACUGGUCUCAGUGCAAGUUCGCACGCUAAAAGUCAUGAGCAAAAUACAAAACCUGGUUGGUGGGAACAAUUUAUCGGACCAAAUUUGGCUAUUGAUACAAAUCAUUUCUUUGUUAUAUGUUGUAAUCAUCUUGGUGGUUGUUAUGGAUCGACCGGACCAUCAUCGAUUGAUCCGAAAACGAAUAAAGCAUACGGCACUUCAUUUCCAAUGUUGUCUGUAGAAGAUACAGUUCGUGCUCAGUUCUUGCUACUGAAAUAUUUAGGAAUCGAAAAACUUCAUGCAAGUAUAGGUUCAUCAUUAGGUGGAAUGUGUUCGAUUCUCUCUGGUCUUCUCUAUCCAAAAAACGUUGGCAGAGUUGCAACUAUUUCGUCAUGUAUUGCACCUUAUCCUACUGCAAUCGCUCUACGAUACUUGCAGAGAAAGAUGAUUAUGACCGAUCCCAACUGGCAUAAUGGUCAUUACUAUGAUAAAGAUGCGUAUCCACUUGACGGAAUGCGUAUCGCAAGAGAAAUUGCGACGUUAACGUAUCGAUCUGGCCCUGAAUGGCUUGAACGAUUUGGUUUACGACGCUUUAGUGAUCAGAUUCAUCUAGCACCCACAUUUGAAAUUGAAAGUUAUUUACAAUAUCAAGGAUUGACUUUUGCGAAGAAAUACGAUCCAAAUUCGUUGUUGUACAUCUCAAAAGCAAUGGACUUGUUUAAUUUAACAGAAGGAUAUGAGAGCCAGAAUGAUGCUUUAUCACAAAUUCAAUGUCCUGUGCUUGUCUUAGGAUCUCAAACAGAUAUUCUUUUCCCAAUUUGGCAACAAAAACAACUAGCAGAAGGCUUGAUCAACGCAGGAAAUGCUCAUGUCACUUUCUUUGAACUGAAUAGUAUCUUCGGACAUGAUACAUUCUUAUUGGACAUCAAUGGUGUAAGCACUGCUCUGAAAGGCUUUUUGGAAAUAUCAGCAUUGUCAAUCGAAGAAGAAAACGAAGAAAUACAAUCAUGA